AGAGGCACACAAGUUUUUCAAUAACCGCUGCUGCCAGUACUUCCCUCUUCAAAAUAAAAUUAAAUUGCAAUAAUUAAUUUAAUUUUUUAGUGCAAUUUAUUUUUAUUUUAAAUUUAUAAAAAAAAAACAUACAAAACAUGGAAGAUACUACAAAUAAUAAUCAUAUUCCUCAAGAAUUGAUCAAUUCGAUUCCAGUGGAUUUAAAUCAAAAUCAUGUAGAAGAAACAAAAAUAGAGGAAAAUGGAGCAGUUGGUGGUGCAGAUGUCUGUAAUAAUAAGCAACAAGAACUUCUUGAUAUGGUGUUUUCAUUGGAAAGUGAAAAACAGGGUAUAAUCGAAGAGUCACGUAGGCGAAUAAUGCAAUUGCGAAAGGAUCUUGAAGAAUCACUGGGCGAGAAUGAAAAGCAAAAGAGAAGAAUAAUCCAGUUGGAACAAACUCUUGUCCAAUCAGCAGCUUUAGGUGGCGGCGAAGGUCCCAAAUCCAAACAAGAUCAAGAAGAACUUUUGCUUAGAGCAAAAACACUUUUAUUUGAAAAGACAAAAGUUUGCAAACAACAAGAACAGCAAAUAGCCACACUCAAGGCACACGUCGAUUCAAUGAAGGAUGUUGUUGCUGUCACCAAGGACAUGUUGAAUCUCAAAACUGCCGAAGCCGAUCACACACAAUCACGUUUGGACACAGCAAUGCUGAGGAUAAAGGCUGAACGAGACAAGUGUGUUAUUUUUGAGAAGAAACUUGCCAUCUCACAGGCUGUCUAUGAAAAACUUAGGUCAGAAUAUGAUGUGCAGUCAAAUAUUUUCAAGGGAUUAAAAGAAGCCUACGAACAGAAAGUGGUUGUUCUAACAAACGCAUUGGAACGGGCGAAGCAAGAUUAGAUCUCUUUUUAGAUUGAUUUGAUUUCCACAUUAAUAUUUUUGAUUAAAUAAAAACUUGUAGAAAUUUAUUUUUUGAUUUAUA